UUUUACUCAGAUUAUUUCUAAAAAACAAGAAAACAAAAGAAAUAAAGCAAAAUUUUUAUGUAUCCUUUAGACGUUUUAUAUAAAUUAACGGAUUUGUUUUAACCACAAUGUCUGUAUAUAAGAGAUUUACACUCAAGAAAAAAAAGAGGGAAGGCAGCGAUGCAGAAGAAGGAGAAGAACCUCGAAACACCACAGUUGAUGGUGAGAUAAUACCAAAGCAGUCGCUGGAGGGCGAAAUGCCAACAUUCUUCCAUGUCGGCAGAUGGGCCAAACAAUGCCUGACAACCGGCUAUGGAAUCGGUGCCUGGCAUAUCGAUUGCACUACCAAUGUUAGCGAAAAGCUCGGCCUAUAUAGCUUUGGGUCCGCCAAGCCUGACUUCUAUAAUGUUGCCGGUGGUGUAGGCAUUCGAGAGAAACUGGGCAUAUUCAAUCUGUACCAGACAUGGCAGACUCAGGGCUGGUUGAGCACGAUUGGAGUACGAACCGAAGCAGCUGGUGGCCUGGCAAAUGCCAUGCUGCGGGCUACAUAUAUUCCACAGAACAAUGAUGGUGUCAACGUUGAACUUUAUUCCGGCUACGAGCGUCCGCCGGUCAAGUUUGAUGUGAUCAUACCAAUUUGGAAUGUGCCAAAAUUCAUGGGCUAUGUGCUGCUCCACCUGGCCGAUAAGUACAUGUUCGCUUACCGAAGUGUCUUUAACAUAAACGACCUGGAAUUCGAGAAGCAUGUUUUAUGUUUGGGCUAUCAAGAUGAGAACUACGAAUAUGGCCUUAAACUGGAAGACUUUAAGGAACUGCGCGGCUCCAUGUUCCUGCGCGUAGGCGAGCGCUGGGCAUUCGCCCUGAAGGCGCAUCUUUAUAGGGAGCAGGGCAGGCAUUUUUCCGUUGGCGGCCAGUACAAGAUCCACGAUGAUGGACUGUUCAAGAUGCGGAUACGCGAUGAUGGCUUCUUGGGGCUGGUCUACCAGGCGGUACUCAGCGAAAACAUUGACAUUAUGUAUCACGUUGGCGUAAAUGCCAAAUCACCUCUCGAUGGCAGCCAUAAAUUUGGUGUUUCUUGGAGUCUAAAGUGUUAAUCAAAUAACUUUUUUUUAUCGAUUUAUAUGCUCGAAAUUUUGUAAUUUAAAUAAAAGUGCAUUGCAAGGCUCAAUUUUUCAA